AUGGAGCCGGCUCACCUAGUGUCCUGUCCCACUGGUGAGAAUUCUGAGCCUGCAGACCUAGACUGCAACUCCACCAGCCCCAUCUAUUUGUCCCCAAACCAAGGACAGGACUCUCUCUACCAAGAACUUGACCUGGAUUCCCUGGAUGAAGAUGUUUCCCUGUCUGUUCCCGAGGCCAUGACAGAGACGUCUGUAUCCACCUCUGAAUCCCACCCAGCUUCAGAACAAAUGGAGCUCCAAUCUGAGCUCACUAAACUGGAAGAAGAGAUCCUCGCAUUACGCAAUGUGCUGGCAGCCAAAGAGAAGCGGUGUGGGGAACUCAGGAGGAAGUUGGGCUGCAUGGCCUUGAUGGGACUGAGGCAGAAUCUGUCCAAGAGCUGGCAUGACGUCCAGGCUUUUAAUACCUGCAUGAAGCAGAAGACUUCAACUGCCCUGUCCUCUGUGGGCUCUGCCAUCUGCCGGAAGCUUGAAGACAUGAAGAAUUCGUCUGCUUUCAGGUCUCUUGAAGGGCUGAUGGGGACAGUCAAGUCAAGAGUUGCAGGUGGCAGAGAGCUUGGCAAUGGCCUCCUUUCUUCACCAGCGAGUGGCAGUGAUCCACACUCAGUUCCGGGGAGUGGGUGUGAAACUGUUCCAGGACUUGGAGAUCAACUGCUUUCUGUCCUGAAGCCAGAGUGA